AUGGGGCUUCCGAGGAGCUUUCGGCACAUCCAGGUGCUCGCCAAGCAGCAUGCCAACACCAUCACUUUGGGGCAGUUGAUGAGGAGCACUCGCUCUGACCCAGCAUCGCUGAUCCGACAGGGCCAGUGGCUUCGCGGCCAGCUCCCGAUCCGCUUUGCGAGACGUCUGGACGAGCUCUUGCAGCUACCCUACGUGGUAGUGCACAACAGCAACAUCAAACAGGUGCUUGACAUUUAUGUGGAGACUUUUGAGAGUGUGUCAGACUUCCCAAGCAUUCUUACAGAGAAGGAUGAGGCAGACUUUGCUCAGCUUGUACGGGAGCAGCUUGAAAAGCAUCAGGCAGUUGCCCGCCUGAUAGCUGAGGGCUAUCGAGAGGUGCGUCAUGCGUACCCACACUUCCGCUUUGAUGACUUUCUUGACCGCCUCUUCAUUACCCGAAUCUCUGUACGCAUUUUGAUGGAAAACUACAUUCGGAUGCGAACUCCACAAGAAGGCUAUAUAGGUGUCGUGCAGAAGGAGAUGUCGCCGUAUCGAAUUAUUCAGGAUCUGAGCAAUGAAAUCACUCGCCUGACUGAAGCUAUUUAUGGUGUGGCACCCGAGAUUGAAUUUCGAGGGAAUCUGGCCUGCAGCCUGGACUACAUUCCCCGGCAUGUGCAAUUCAUGUGCCAGGAGCUUCUCAAGAACGCCGAUGAGGGAGACCCGUACUCCGGCUGCACCUGGCGGAAAGAGCUCGCCGGUUACGGAUUCGGCUUGCCCCUCACCAGGCUUCACGCUCAAUACUUUGGUGGCGACGUCUUCAUGCAAGCCUUGCCAGGUCAUGGCACUGACAUGUACUUGCUACUUAACCACUUGAAGGAAGGAAGCCCCUCCACUGAAGAGGAUGAUCCCUCAACUUCCUUGACGGUCACUGAGAAUCAGUCGGUGAACGUCUGUAUGAUGACCAAGUCUGAGCGCUUCCCACGCAUUAGCAGGUCGUCGGUGAACCUGCCCCCGGGCCACUACCGAAUGGACGUGGGCAUGCCGCUGAACAAGCAGACAGAGGUUUUGGCCUCGCGCCUUACGCGAGCCAAGUCUGCGCCACGGUUCUCCUUUUGCAAGGAGAGACGUGUUGACUCUGAGGAUUGCCUCAAGGGCUUGUCUCCCAAGUAUUUGAAGGAUGUCAACGAACUGGGACCUGGACAGUAUCGCCUGAUGAAGAUCGGGAUAGGCAGCAAUUCAGUGAUCAAGGCGUCGUCGCCUUCGUAUUCCAUCUAA